AUGUAUAAUAUAUUUAGAGUCAAAUAAGCCUUCAAGUAAAAUCUAAAUAAAACACCUUAAUAAUAAGUAAAUAGGUAGUAGAAUAGUUAAAGUUUGUAUGAUUAGAGGUAAGAUUUUGGAUUGAAAUUUCAAAGCAAUCAUUCGUUGAGUGUGACAAAAAAUAAAACCAAUAUUUCUACUACAUUAAAUUCUAUAAAUAGAACAACAAACUCUUUCUAUGUUGAUCCAAGAAGGGAAAAAUUAUAAACCUAUACAAUAGAGUUAUAAAAAACAAUGGAUUCUGAUUUAGGAAAUAAAUUUAGGUCAACUUUUCAAGAAAGUGGGAGAAGAAAUAGAAAAAUAGUAAGAUUUAUUAUAAUAUCUUAAGAAUACAUCAUAUAUAAAAUAAAAUGAAAGACCUAUAUAACAUAGUAAAUCAUUAAUAUGUGGAAAAAAAGAGAUGGAUAAGAAUGAUGAAUAAAUACAAGAGUAUGAAUGUUUAUAAUUAGAAAUUUAAAUGUUAUACAAGAUGGUUUGAUAAAAGAAUAAUUUUAACCAAUUAUUAAUGCAAAUGAAGAUUUAACAAUAAUAAAGGAAUAAGUGAAUUCUAUGUAUAAGAAUUUGGAACCAGAAACUUUUGAAAUAGAUGAAUGGGAUUAUUAGGUAGAUUAUGAGAAAUUAGAACUUAAUGUAUUUAGUUUAGACGAAUUAAGAUAUUUAGUAUAAGAAUUUGAAAAGGAAGAAUAUGAAAAGAAUUAUUUAUAAAUGGAUAAAAUUUUAUUGAAGAAUAAGUUUUUUUAAAGAUUUGGGUAAGGAAUUAGAAUUGGAAUAAUGGAAAAAGCAUCUAUGGAAAUACAUGAAGUUGGAAAUGUUAUUUUACAAUUAGGUGCUAAUAGCAAUAAUCUUUAUGUUAUUCUUAGAGGUUCUUGUUAAUAGACAUUAACAAUGGAUAUACAAUUAUAAGAAUAUGAAUAUUUAACAGUGUAAUCUUAUUUUGAUGGUUAAGAUUUAUCAGAAAUCAAUUUAUUAUAAUUAAAUAAUAAUAGAGGAUAUUCUGCUAAUAAAUUUAUAGAUAUGGUUGAGGAAAUCAAAGAACAUCCAAAAUUUAAAGGUAUAACAUCAUAUAUUAAACUAUUAAAGAUAUUUUAAAAAAUGAAAGAACCAAAUUAAUUACUAGUCAUAUAUCUUGUGCAGAAAAAACUUAUUUAUUAAGAAUGGAUAAUGAUUAAUUUUAAAAAAUUUUGAAAUAAUCUAUUGAAAAAGAUAAAGAAUUUAAAUUGAGUAUAUUAUCAUAAAUUAGAUUUUUUUAACAUACUUCAGCUUCUUAAUUAUUACAUUUAGUAGCAGAAUUAGGAAUUUAAAAUUAUUUUUAGGGAGAUUGUGUUGUAAGAAAGGGAGAUUUAUUAAAUAGAGUAAUUAUAAUUGCUUAAGGUGAAUUUGAAAUUGUAGAGGAAAUACAAUUAGAGAGAGAAACAAGAAAUUAUUAUCUAGAAAAUAAAUUAAAACCUUUUGUUAUUAAAAAAUUCAUAGAUAAGAAUACUAGACCAAUGAUUCCUAGAGAUAUUCCUGAUUAAUCUUUUGAUUUAUCUUUAAAUAACAAUUAAUAAGUUAUAAGAAAUUCAAAAUGUUAUCAAUAUUGUAAUAAAUAAAUUAAAGGAAAGAAGAAUAUUACUUAUACUCAUUUACAUGUAUUAAAGACAUUAAAAAAAUGUGAUGUAAUUUGUGGUAGAUCAUUAUUAAUUUUAUAUGAUAAUGAAUAUGAUUAAGAAUAGACUAAUAGUGCAAAGUAAUAAAUAUAUAUAUAUAUAAAUAAUAGAUUAACAGUUGUUGUUAAAAGUGUAUAAGGAAGUGUAUUCUUUUUGGAUGAAAAACGAUAUUAAAAUCUUCCAGAAAGUUUAUAAAAUUAAAUCUUAGCAGGAUUAAGAUCCAUGAAAGAAUUUGAUGAUUAUGAAAUAGAUCAUAUAAGAAAAUAAAUAAAAUCUUGGGAAAAAUAUAAGUAAAAUUUAUAUUAAUAAUUUAUAAUGGAAAAACGCAAAAAUUCAUUUAAAAAAUACUGA